UUUUCUCUCCAAUGAAAGACACGAUCCUCUCUCUUUCAUAUAAUCAUCAUAUUCAUUUCUCUCCCUUUUCUCUUCUUCCUUUGUACUCUUUCUUUUUUCUCUCUCUUUUCUUUGCUCCUCUUCUUCUUCGAUCCUUCAUCCUUUCAUCAUUGAUUCUGAUCAUUUUCGGUUUCUCUUUCUGAGUUGAUUUUGGAAUUGUUCCUCGUAUGUUAUUUUGAUCUCUGAUACUCACAAGUUGCAAGCUCUUGUUUUGAUGAUAACAAGGAUUAACUUGCAACAACAAUUUUCUACGUUAUGGAUCAAAUGACGGAUUCAGAUAUGGAUCAACAGCGGCAAGGCUAUUUUCAUUCUGAACCUUGUGUUGUUUUGAGAGGCCCCAGCGUCGGACAUCCUAACAUCCGCUCGGUGGUGACUUCAGGGAACACUGCUAUUGUUGAUUCUCAUUAUCUACCAGACGCUUAUGACAAUGCUAGGGUCUACGGUGUUUCACAAUACAAUGGUAUUCAGCCUCAACAUAAUCUUGAUAUGAGCGUUGCAACCGCAGGCAACAUAUAUUAUUCUGGGAUGAAUCCUUCUUCAAGUACCGGUGUUUUCCCUCUGCCUAUAAAUCACCGAGCUAUUGAUCAGUUGCCGGGUUCAAGCACAUUUGCAAUUUCCGGAGUUUCCUUAGAUAACUUCGGAAGAAGCGCUGGUUUCAUGGACGAUGGUAGAGGUCCGUACAAAAGGAAAGUUGCUGACGGGAUUAGAGGAAGUCACCAACAACAUUUUAACGCUUCGGCUAGUUCAUCUAUUGCUCCUCCUAAUGCUAGACACGCUGAUGGGGUUACUAUGAUGGAUACUGCGCCAUUGCCAUUCCAUGUUCCUCCGCUCAUUGGAGUAGGACCACAUGGCAACGCAUGGGGAAGAUCAGGUGAGUCUAUUAUGGUGCAUGACCAUAACCAUUUGAUUCAUGGAAACUAUUUGGGGCAACACUUUCCGCCAGCUGCACCUCCUUGGUUGGAACAACAAGUGAAUAGUAAUAGCAAUGAUGGCCACACUACAGCCUGGAAUCAGCCUAUUCCAAUGCCUUAUGUACAGGCACCGAACAUGAAUGGCAGUUCAUUAGAGAGUGCAAGUAUGGGUUUGCAGAGGUAUCACGACACAGCUGGUAACCGAAAUGUCCUCAGGUUUCCUCCUCCUCCUCCACCUCUCAACCAACAGCACCAUACUUAUCAUCAUCCAACACUUCCAAUGCAAGGAGUAAGAGGUCACAAUAUGACCUUUCACCCUCCGGUAGCUGCAGCUUCAUUUCGAGUUCCUAUCCCUCCACCGACUGGUUUUGAGGCAGGUCCUAGGCAUAUUAUCCCAGCACCAUCAACAGGCUUCCGGAUUUACCGACCUCAUAGGCUCAUGCCGGAGACAGCUCUCGGACAUCGAAGUCUUCCUCCCAUGGGCUUCCUCCAAGUUGAUGAUGUUGCUUUAAUUGAUGAAGUCGGAAAUCUGAUUGAUCACCACCGAGAUAUGCGCUUAGACAUAGAGGACAUGUCUUAUGAGGAUCUUCUUGCGUUGGGCGAGAGGAUUGGCAGUGUAAGCACUGGUUUAUCCGAGGAAACAAUUGCGACUCUACUAAAGACGAAAGUUUAUUCACCGAAAGCCGCCACUAUUAAUCUCGAAGAGGCAGCUUCUGACGAUCAGGAAACUGAUUCCUGCAUAAUAUGUCAAGACGAAUUUAAGAACCAAGAGAAGAUUGGAAUUCUUCGAUGUGAGCAUGAGUAUCACGUGGAUUGUUUAACAAAAUGGUUGCUGGUGAAAAACGUGUGUCCGAUAUGCAAAUCAGAAGCUUUGGCUCCUGCAAGGAGGGAAGAUGCAUAGGAAAAGGAAUCUCCAUGAAAAUCCCUUUUCUUUCUGCCUAUAUAUCCUUCUUGGAUAAUUUAUUUUUGGACAGAAUUCAUCAUAUUUUGUUAUGUAAUGUAAUUUGUAUAUGUACUUGCACAUAAUAUAGACAGUUCAUACUGCCCAACUUAAUUAUUCUGGGCACCAGAACUUUGUAUCUAUCAACUUGUACAGACGUUGUUCUGUUGGAUGUAUUUACUUCAGGUAAUUAUAUCGCUACUUUUUUUUCCCCA